AUGAAUAAGCCUAUAUAUAGAGAGUAUUCUAACUUAAAAGGAGAUGAUGGAGAUCCUAACAAUACUAGGUUAGUCUAAAUCAAUGAAGAUAACAAUCAUACUUAUAUUGAAAAUUCGAUAAAACAAACUUUCAAUGAAUACAAUAAAUACUAGGAACCAAAUGUUUUCUCGCCUUCUAACAGUAACAGUGAGAAAAAAGAGUUGAAAACAGAUAAUUAGAAAGAAUUUAAAGCUCCCAGACUCAUUAUAUAAAAUAUAACAGACUCUGACAAACUCAUUGAAAUAACAACUACUGAUCAUGUUGAUAAGUUAGACCCUAUAAAGUCUUUAAAGGGUAUGUUGGGUUCAGAAACUGUAUAAUAUCAAAAAAAAAGAAUCAAAUUUAGAAAUCCUACUUAUGAAUUUAAGGUAAGAUAAAAGAAGAUAUUAAAUUGGAAAUCAGAAGCAAUGUGUAAAUGGAAAAUCAAUCUCAUUAUUAUUUUAUUUGUUGUAAGGUUAGAAAAGAAUAUAAAUCAUAAAAAUUAGAUAAAACAUUAGGUUUAAACAAUCAAGCAAGAAAAUAGCAAUAACAAAUUUAAUUAAUAAGAGAAUCGUGUCAAAAAGAUAUGCAUCUCAAUAUUAAAAUUGAUGUGUGGAUUAUUUUUAGCAAUGUUAAUAAGUAUUAUGUUGUUGCCCUUUAUUUUAAUUUCAGAUUUAUUCUUAAGGCUUUAUACUUAUAAUAGUUUAUAUGUAAAAUAUGCAUGGUCAUAUGAGAAUAAGUGUUACAGAAUAAUUUUAUUAAUGCAAUUGUAUAUUUAUGCUUUAGCAAUUGUAAUAGCUAUAAUAACAAAUCUAUAUUAGAGUUUGAUAACAACAGUUGAAUUGAUAUACAAUAUUGUGGGUACAAUGUAAAAUAAUAUAUCCAAUCUCAGUAGAUUAUUAUUUUCUACAAUUAAUACAACAUUCUCUAAAUAAAAAUGA